CCCCCACGCUAUUUCCGUCGCGAGGCCGCCGACGCCACAGCGGCGGCUGUUCCCUCUGCGCGAGCCGGCGCGUCGGCUAGCACGUCAUUCCUCCUCGAGCGGCGUCGCCUCCUCGGACCGGCGCAGGCUUUGGACUCCGCGCUCUCGCCCUCCCUCUUCGAGCCAGGGGAAGGAGCCUGAGGGGCCCGUUGGCGGCGGGCCCUCUUUCUCCCGCCACCAUGUUGAGGCGCAGCAGGGCGGAAGUGGACCGUUAUGUCUCCUCGCUGCAGGCCUCGGCCUCUUCGCCCAGGGAGAAAUCCAUGAAAGGAUUCUUUUUUGCUAAGCUGUAUUAUGAAACAAAGGAAUAUGAAUUGGCUAAAAGGUACAUAUCUACAUAUCUCAGUGUCCAAGAAAGAGAUCCCAAGGCACACAAAUUCUUGGGACAACUCUAUGAAGCUGAAGAAAACAUAGAGAAAGCUGUAGGCUGUUAUAAGCGUUCAGUGGAGUUGAACCCAACACAGAAAGACCUUGUAUUGAAGAUUGCAGAGCUGCUGUGCAGUAAUGAUAUUACUGAUGGAAGAGCAAAAUACUGGGUUGACAGAGCAGCCAAGCUUUUUCCUGGAAGCCCUUCAGUUUUUCGACUAAAGGAGCGUCUGGUGGAUUGCAAGAGUGAGACUGGAUGGAACCAGCUUCUUGAUUUGAUCCAGUCAGAAUUGUGUGCCAGACCUGAUGAUGUUUAUGUUAACAUUCGAUUAGUGAAGCUCUACUUAUCAAACAAAAAUCUUGCAGCUGCUGUGGCACAUUGUCAGGAAGCAGAGAAAAAAAUACCAUUGCAGUCAAGCUUGGAAUGGUGUUCGUGUGUUGUACAUACACUUAAGGAAUAUCUUGACUCUCCACAGGAGUUGGAAUCCAAUAAACCUAACGAGCAAAAGACUAGAUCCCGUCGGGAUCUUUUGUUGGCUUAUUCAAAUCUGGUCGUAAUGACACUUUCAAACAGAGGUGUAGAAGAAAGCAGAGAAUCCCUCCAAAGCUUUGAUCAUGCACUCCAUUCAGUGAAACCUCAUGCAGCUGGAGGUGAUGAACUUUCUGUAACUUUCCUGGAAAUGAAAGGCCACUUCUACAUGCAUGCUGGAACUCUGCUGUUGAAAAUGGCCCAGGAAAGUGAAAUGCAGUGGAGAGCUGUUUCAGAAUUGGCAGCUUUAUGUUACCUUCUAGCUUUUCAGGUUCCUAGACCAAAGUCAAAACUAAUAAAAGGCGAUCAAGCUGAACAAGAGAAGUUGGAAAUGUUAGCCUGUGAUCGACAGAGCCAGUCUGGACAUAUGCUUCUAAACCUAAGCCGUAGGAAGCAGGAUUUUUUCAAGGAGAUUGUUGAAUCAUUUGCAAACAAGAGUGGACAGUCUGCCUUAAUUGAUGCACUAUUUGGGAGUGGUUCUUCUACAGAGAAUUCCUUUCUUGGCACAGAUGAUAUCAGAAAUGUUGGUGUGCAAGUACCAGAAUAUGGAGAACUAGCUAGAUAUGAUAUUGGUGCCAUUAGAGCCCACAGUGGUAGUCUCCAACACCUCAUAUGGCUUGGUCUGCAGUGGAAAUCCAUAUCACCCCUGCAAACCUUUCGCAAAUGGUUGAAGCAACUUUUCCACUUGCCUCAGGAAACAUCCAGACUUGAGACCAAUGCUCCUGAAUCGAUUUGCAUGUUGGACCUUGAAGUAUUUCUGCUUGGGGUGAUAUUUACCUGUCAUUUGCAAUUGGAAGAGAAAUUUAAUACCAAGUACGCUGUGCACCAGCCUCAAUUCCUACCACUACCAGUAUGCAAGCAACUUUGUACUGAGAGGCAGAGGGCCUGGUGGGAUGCUGUUUAUGCUCUUCUUCACAAACAAACUGUGUCCGGGACAGCAGCAAAAGUGAGGCUUCUAGUCCAACAUGAAAUAAGCAUCCUCAGAGCCUUAGGUAAACAUGGUCUUCAGCCAGCUCUGAUCGUGCACUGGGCAAAAAGUCUCCUUAAAACAGGUUGCAGUCUUAAUUCUUUCUAUGACCAAAAAGAUUACAUUGGACGAAGUGUUUAUUACUGGAAGAAAGUUUUGCCAAUGCUUGAGACAAUCAAGAAGAAGAGAAGUAUUCCUGAACCAAUUAACCCAUUGUUCAAUCACUUUCAUAGUGAAGAUAUUCAGGUUUCCCAGGUUGGUGUAUAUCAAGAAGAGGCACACAUAGCAUUUGCUAUUUUGGAUUCUGUGGAUGGAAAAACAGACGAUGCUAUGCAAGCAUUUGAAGCUAUUAAAAAUGUUGUCUCAUACUGGAAUCUUGCUCUAAUUUUCCAGAGGAAAGCUGAAGAGAUAGAGAAUGAUGGCCUGUCAUUAGAAGAACAAGAAGAAUACAGGAAUCUUCUGAAAAAGAGUAGAGACUACCUCAUAAAAAUUAUAGAUGAAAGCAGCAGUGAUACUUCAGUCACUGAAAAGUUACCUGUAUCCAUAGAGACAGUUAAGGAGAUGCUGGAAAGUAUAAUUCAAGAACUUGGAAUCAAUGGUGAAGAAAGGAGUCUUAUCCUAAACAAUGAUUUGAGCCAACCAGUGGAGACGGAAAUUAAACAUUCUACCCCAUCGCCCACAAAAUUCUCUCUGUCUCCAAGUAAAAGCUACAAGUUCUCGCCCAAAACUCCUCCUCGCUGGGCAGAGGAUCAAAAAUCACUACUUAAGAUGAUCUGUCAGCAAGUAGAAUCCAUAAAGAAUGAAAUGCAAGAGAUGAAACUUAACAAUUCUAAUACAACCAUGUCUCAGCGGUGGCCUGCCGAAAGCUAUGCAGCAGAUACCAUGCCAGAUGGCUAUCAAGGCACACAGAGCUUUCAUGGAGCACCAUUAACUGUUGCUACAACAGGUCCAUCUGUCUACUACAACCCAUCACCAGCUUACAAUUCCCAAUAUCUCCUACGGACAGCAGCCACGAACGUGACCCCCACAAAGGCUCCUGUCUAUGCCAUGAACAGGCUUACUCCUCAGCAGCACAUAUAUACAUAUCAACAGCCAAUGCACACCCCUCCACUGCAGAACACUUCUGCUUGCAUGUUUUCACAAGAAAUGUAUGGUACUCCCCUGCGCUUUGAUUCUCCGGCAACCGGAAUGUUGUCUCCCCGUGGCAAUGAGGACUACUACAACUACAGCGUUCCACCGACAACUACAAAUCCGCCACUUCCCGAGCCAGGCUAUUUUACAAAACCUGCUGCAGCACCCCCGGUCUCCCGGUCUGCCGAGUCAAAAGUGAUAGAAUUUGGGAAGCCUACCUUUGGGCAGCCUGUACCACCAGUAGAGGGAGCAAAACCUUCCUUGAUAACUUCUGCUCAGUCGACACAGCCAACCACUUUCAAAUUUAAUUCCAAUUUCAAAUCUAACGAUGGAGAUUUUACUUUUUCAUCACCUCAGGUUGCAGCACAGCCACACAGUACCCCCUAUAGCAACAGCGACAGUCUUUUGGGCCUUCUGACAUCCGACAAGCCUAUCAAAGAGGACCGAUACACUGGACAAAAGCCGCUUACUGAAUAUCCCCCUGGACAGCGAAACAUCUUCAGUUUUGGUGGCAAGAAUGCAUCAGGCAUUGCAUUUACGGAUAAAAUGGUACAAAAUCAACCCCGGCCCUCUGGUUUUAGUAAGGGUGAUGUGUUCAGCUUUCAGGAUCCUGGCAAGCCUGUAUUUGGUACUCCACAUUCAGAUGUAGCAAACAGAAGUCACGAAACAGAUGGAGGAAGUGUCCAUGGUGGUGGUGAAGAAGAAGAUGAUGGCCCUCAUUUUGAACCCGUUGUGCCACUACCUGACAAAAUUGAAGUAAAAACAGGUGAAGAAGAUGAAGAGGAGAUGUUUUGCAAUAGAGCAAAACUUUUCCGCUUUGAUGCUGAACACAAAGAAUGGAAAGAGAGAGGUGUUGGUAAUGUGAAAAUUCUGAGGCAUAAAAUAACUGGCAAAAUCAGACUACUUAUGAGACGGGAGCAAGUGCUGAAAAUUUGUGCAAAUCACUAUAUAAAUCCUGAUAUGACUCUGAACCCAAAUGCUGGAUCAGACAAAUCUUUUGUGUGGCAUGCCUUGGACUAUGCAGAUGAAUCGGCAAAACCUGAGCAACUUGCAAUCAGGUUUAAAACUCCAGAGGAAGCGAAGCUUUUCAAGCGGAAAUUUGAAGAGGCACAAAAUAUUUUGAGAGUAUCUGGAUCAAGUGAUAGUCAGCAGGCUUCUCAGGGUAUUGUGUCAUCAAGAGAAGCUACUGCUCAAGAUGCAAAAGAUUCUGGUAAAUCUGACUCAGGACUCAUGAGCUCUGGAUUUAACUUCAAGAGUGGGACGUCAUCUGUCAGUGGUAGCUAUCAGGUUCCUGUUCCCGAUGUGAGCAGUUCAGCUAAAAACACUAAUGCCAAAAGUACUUUUACAAUUGCAUCCAGCGCAGCUACACCUGCAUCCUUCUCUUUUGCUAAAGAAGGGUUGGGAGCAAAUGCUACAUACGGAUUUGGUGAACAGUUCAUGUUAAAGAAAGAUCAGUGGGAGUGCAACACAUGCCUGGUUCGAAAUAAAGUAACUGCACAGAGUUGUGUAGCAUGCCAGACUCCAAAUCCAGCUAAUCGGGAAGCGCAGGCUGUGCUUCCUCCGACAGAAUCGACUGUACCUUUCAAACCCAACACUGAAGGUGCACACUCUACAUUUGGACCAAUUCCUCCAAAAAAGGAAAACCAGUGGGAAUGCAGGACCUGUCUUGUGAGAAACGAAGCCAGAGCAUCCCAUUGUAUUAGCUGCAAGAAUCCCAGCGGUACAAAUUUACCAGUGUUUGGUUCCCAAACGGCAUUCAAAUUUGGUCAUGCAGAGUCUCCCAAAGUGCCCCAAAGUGGUUUUGGGGCUGCUUUUCAGAAAAAGGAGGGCCAGUGGGAUUGCAGCAUAUGCUUAGUAAGAAACGAAGGCUCUUCACGAACUUGUGCUGCUUGUCAGGCUGCAAACCCAUCUAGCGAUUCCCAAACCACCUUCAAAUUUGGUCAUGCAGAGGCUCCCAAAGUGCCCCAAAGUGGUUUUGGGGCUGCUUUUCAGAAAAAGGAGGGCCAGUGGGAUUGCAGCAUAUGCUUAGUAAGAAAUGAAGGCUCUUCACGAACUUGUGCUGCUUGUCAGGCUGCAAACCCAUCUAGCAAUGCUCCAGCUUUACCAGCUAGUGAUGCUCAACUGCCUGUGUUUGGCUUCAAAAGCAAGUUAUCCGAACCCACUGGAGGACCACAGGGGACGGGUUUUAAAUGUGACAUAACAGAAAAGGGUUUUAAAUUUGGCCUUUCUACAGAUCAAGGGAAGUCUUCUUCCUUCACAUUUCAGGUUCCUGCUAGCAGUGAAACUAAGCCUAUGAAAGGAGGGUUUAAUUUUUCAAUGCCUGUACCUCCAGGUGAAUUUAAAUUUGGUAUACAAGAGCCUAGCAAAGAUGUUGCAAACGACCAACAGAAUAAAGAAGGUGGCACUGAUGAAAAAGAGGAGGUGUCGGAGGAAGAAACUGCAAUGAAAUCUCAUGAUAGAUCUAGCAAACAAAGCGGUGAUUUGGUGUUUGGUCAACACAGCAGCACAUUCACUUUUGCUGACCUUGCAAAAACAACUGCAGGUGAAGGAUUUCAGUUCGGUCGGAAAGAUCCAAAUUUCAAGGGCUUUACAGGUGCAGGUGAAAAGCUAUUUUCUUCUCAGGCUGCCAAAUCUUCAUUCAAAGGAAAUACUUCUGCUGAUCUUGAGAAGGAAGAUGAGUCCUAUAAAACAGAAGACAACGAUGAUAUUCAUUUUGACCCUGUUGUCCAGAUGCCCGAGAAAGUCGAACUGGUGACUGGCGAAGAAGAUGAUAUAGUGUUGUAUUCCCAAAGAGUAAAACUGUUCAGGUUUGAUGCAGAAACAAGCCAGUGGAAAGAACGUGGUGUGGGCAACUUGAAAAUCCUUAAGAAUGAAGUUAAUGGCAAGCCACGAAUCAUCAUGCGACGUGAGCAGGUAUUUAAGGUUUGUGCAAACCACUGGAUCACAACUACCAUGAACUUGAAGCCCCUCUCUGGCUCAGACAAAGCAUGGAUGUGGUUAGCCAACGACUUCUCUGAUGGUGAUGCAAAGCUGGAGCAAUUGGCAGCUAAAUUCAAAAGUCCAGAGCAAGCUGAGGAAUUUAAAUUGAAAUUCGAAGAAUGUCAAAGGCUAUUGCUGGAUAUACCACUCCAGACCCCACAUAAACUAAUAGAUUCUGGGAAAACAGCUGAGCUGAUACAAAAAGCAGAAGAAAUGAAAAGUGGUUUGAAAGAUCUCAAAACCUUCCUGACAGACGAUAAAACUAAACUUGCGGAUGAAGAGAAUAAAACCUCUGCGUCUGCUACAAAGGCCUCUGAUUUGGUUAUUAAGCCACACGCUGAAAGCACUGGGCCUACAUUAGAGUGGGACAACUAUGACUUGCGUGGGGAAGCACUGGAUGAUAGUACAGACAGCUCUGUGUAUGCUUUGCCUCGGGCCAGUAGCCCUGUGAGGAAAAAUCUAUUUAGGUUUGGAGAGUCCACCACAGGGUUUAACUUCAGCUUCAAAUCUGCAUUAAGUCCCUCUAAGUCUCCUUCCAAACAGAACCAAAGUAGGACUUCUGUAGGCACAGAUGAGGAAUCUGACGUUACACAAGAAGAUGAAAGAGAUGGUCAGUAUUUUGAACCAGUAGUACCUUUACCUGACCUCGUAGAAAUAACCAGUGGUGAAGAAAAUGAGCAGGUUGUCUUCAGCCAUCGUGCUAAACUUUAUAGAUAUGAUAAAGAUGCUAAUCAGUGGAAGGAGAGGGGUAUUGGAGACAUAAAGAUCUUGCAAAACUAUGACACUAAACAAGUUCGUGUAGUCAUGCGAAGGGACCAGGUAUUAAAGCUUUGUGCCAAUCACAGAAUAACCUCAGAUAUGAACAUCCAGCCAAUGAAAGGCACAGAGCGAGCCUGGGUAUGGACCGCAUGUGACUUUGCUGAAGGGGAACGGAAAGUAGAGCACUUGGCUGUGCGAUUUAAGCUGCAAGAUGUUGCUGACUCGUUUAAGCAGAUCUUUGAGGAAGCAAAACAUGCUCAAGAAAAAGACACCUUAAUCACACCACUCUCUUCGCGGGCAAAUACUCCGAAGGAAUCGCCAUGUGGAAAGAUUGCUGUUGCAGUACUUGAAGAAACCACCAGGGAGAGAACUGAUUUAAAGCAGGAUGAAGAAACAGUUACACAAACUGCAGAGACUUCACCAACGGCGGGCACUUCUGAGACGCCAACGAAAGCAGUGGUUUCGCCACCCAAAUUUGUCUUUGGCUCAGAAUCUGUCAAAAGUAUUUUUAGCAAUGAAAAAUCAAAGCCUUUCACAUUUGGAAACACAUCAGCAACGGGAUCUCUCUUUGGCUUCAGCUUUAACGCUUCUCCCAAGAGCAAAAGCGAUAGCUCAGUGUGUCAUAGCACAAAACAGCGAGAACCAGAUGGCACAUAUGAUGCCUGCAAAGGUGCUGAGCAUCAGGAAAGUGAUGCUACUGUUUGGAAACACUCUGAUGGCAAAGGAGAAAGUCAAGUGGCUACCUCCAAGGCAGAAGGACUUCCUAAUUUUUCAUUUAAAACACUAGAAAAAGCAGUUGAGAUUAAGAAGGAGCCAGAUGAUACUGCCACUUCAGACGAUGUUUUGAUUGUCUAUGAGUUAACGCCCACGCCUGAGCAAAGAGCUCUUGCAGACUCCCUUAAGUUACCUCCAACAUUCUUCUGCUACCAGAAUGAACCUGGGUAUCUGAGUGAAGAUGAUGAUGAUGAUGAGGACUAUGAAACAGCCGUGAAGAAGCUCAAUGGAAAGUUGUAUCCUGAUAAACCUAAAAAACAUGCACAACUGAAAGAAACUGAUACAACUGUUGAAGGAGAAAAUGAAGCAGAAUGUGGGAGCGAGUGUGUUCUUGUGUGGGAGAAGAAACCAACUCCUGAAGAAAAGGCUAAAGCAGAAACCCUGAAGCUUCCUCCAACCUUUCUGUGUGGUAUUGGCAGUGACACUGAUGAAGACAAUAACUUAGAAGACUUUCAAACAGAACUUAGAAAAGUCCAAGAAACGAAUGAAGCUCAAGUAGAAGAAGUAACCAGUUCAACUGAUGAUGUGUGCUCCAUUAAGGAGGAACAGCCAACUGAAGCAGUCAGUAGAGCUGAAGAACCAGAUUCUACCACUGAACCUAUAUACACUAUACAGACGUUAUUAGCAGCAGAUGACAAACCUGUUGACUUGUCAACAAAAAAAGAAAGCGAUGCCAGUUCUACAAGCCAAGAAAGCAAACCUUUCACAUUUGCCCUUGGCAACAUACCUGGCUUGUCAUUUGCUGAUCUGGCUUCAAAUAAUUCUGGAGAUUUUGCUUUUGGUUCUAAAGCAGACAAAAACUUCAAGUGGGCAAAUACAGGAGCAACUGUGUUUGGUGGACAAGUGGCCACUAAAGGUGACAAUGAAGAUGAUGGAAGUGAUGAAGAAGUUGUACAUAGCGAUGAUAUUCAUUUUGAACCAAUUGUAUCACUGCCUGAGGUUGAGGUGAAGUCAGGAGAAGAAGAUGAAGAAAUUCUAUUCAAAGAGAGGGCAAAACUCUACAGAUGGGACAGAGAUGUCAAUCAGUGGAAAGAACGUGGUGUGGGAGAAAUAAAGAUCCUCUACCAUACACAGAAUAAAUGGUAUAGAAUCUUAAUGAGAAGGGACCAAGUUUUCAAAGUCUGUGCAAAUCAUAUGAUUACAAAAAUGAUGGAUCUAAAGCCCUUGAAUACUUCAAACAAUGCUAUGGUUUGGACUGCAACAGAUUAUGCCGAUGGUGAAGCCAAGAUAGAACAGCUUGCUGUCAGAUUUAAAAGCCAAGAGCUGGCUGAUUCCUUCAAGAGGAAAUUUGAAGAAUGUCAACAAAGCUUGUCAGAGUUACAGAAGGGUCAUGUUUCUCUGGCAGCAGAAUUGUCAAAGGAAUCUAACCCUAUAGUAUAUCUUGAAGUUUCAGCUGAUGACGAACCUCUAGGUCAUGUAACCAUAGAAUUGUUUUCGAAUAUUGUUCCGCGAACUGCUGAGAACUUCAGGGCAUUAUGCACAGGAGAAAAAGGAUUUGGAUUCCGAAAUUCCAUAUUUCAUAGAAUAAUUCCAGAUUUUAUGUGUCAAGGAGGUGAUAUCACCAGACAAGAUGGUACAGGUGGCCAGUCCAUUUAUGGAGAAGCAUUUGAGGAUGAAAACUUUGAAAUAAAACACACUGGCCCUGGCUUACUGUCGAUGGCAAAUCGUGGCAGAGACACCAAUAAUUCCCAAUUCUUUAUCACUCUCAAAAAAGCAGAGCACUUGGACUUUAAACAUGUUGUUUUUGGGUUUGUAAAGGAUGGGAUGGAUGUCGUGAAAAAAAUAGAAUCUUUUGGCUCACCUAAAGGAGUAGUGUCAAAAAGAAUUUCGAUUACAGACUGUGGUCAAAUAUAAAAUCAUUGCUAUUACCUGUAUGUGGAUUAAAAUAAAUGUUCAGAUUUAGACAAAAUUAUGUUCAGCUUCUUUUAAAAUGAACAUUUCUGAUGUAUAAAUGUAAAGUUACAGCUUAUAGCUGAGUCCUUUUUUAGUGUUUAAAUUGACUGCAUGUUGUGAAAUAAAAGUUCAAACACUGGUAAAUUUUAGGUGUAUUUUUGUUUCAUCCCCAUUUUUGUAUUAAAUGAUUUAAAAUUAAAUACGACUCUGAAGUUCUA